UGAUUUUUUCUGCAGAUAACGGGAAGAAAGUGCUAUUUUUGUUGCUCGUUGUGUUGGAAAUAAAUUGGUCCUGCUGUUGUGCCUUCUGUACGAGACGAUUGUAUUAUCUCUGCUGUAAUAGGUGCUGCCUCUCGAAGUAGUAGUACAAAAAACACCGCUACUCUUUCUGUACACUAUUUCUUGUGAGAACCAACUGCAAAUUUUUAUUGGGAUUGGAAAAAAAAGGUAUAUCAAGAAAUAGUCAAGUUUCAUUUUCUACGUAUCUAUAGGAAUUGUCGGCGGUUUUUACGAAAAAUAGCUACUAUCUGACGCUAAGUACUUUGUUUCUCCGUUUCGCAUUGUAAUAUAGAUUUUUGUCGCUCGAAGCAGUUUAUUUACUUCAAUUUGGACAUCAAAGUCAAACUCGAAAAUAAAUCCAAUUUUACUUUUACUUUACAAGCAGAAUAUUUUUACGAAUCAAAUUUCAAGCAAUCUAUUACGGACGAACACUGCGACUGCAAAAGAGGCUUUUUCAUCGUCAUUCCAAAGGAACAGUCUCUUUUGCAACGCUGCGGUGUAAUUUUGAAAAUUUUACUUUUUCACUGUACGAGUAGAAUUUGUUGACCUGGUGGUUGCGCACGCACCUCCUGUACCUAUUUUCUACUCGAAAUAAAGUGUAAACAGACACCAGGUAAGUAUUAAAAAGAACUCUACUAUGUUUUAGAAACAUAAUUUUCAAAUAAAAAAAUACAAUGACUAUUAUGAGUAGUGGCUCGGGCUACAAAAAUAAUUCGGGGGAAAAGUGUUUCAGCGAAGAUUGUGGUCAGAAAUAUUUUCCGGAGCCCGUUUCCCAUACUGUAACACGUGGAAGUUGUAACCGGACAACGGAACAGGAGCAGGAAGAUAAUUUUGACAACUACAGCUACAGCAAUUGCAAUUCGAAUUCCACUUACCACUCAAAUACUUCUUCUAAUACGGGUCUCUCCACUUACCGUCGGCCUCCAAACGUGCCCCUUUUUCACCAGAUGGAGCUCAUUCCUUUACCUAACAGCGCCUCUGCAAAGUCUGCGAGUGGCGCGGGAGGAACUUCUACAGGAGGGCAAAAUAUUAAAUCCGCGACAAAUAAUACUUACACCACAACAUCAACCACGUCUACUAACAUUACUAAUUCAGUACCUAGCUACAACAACUACAACCCGGACGUUAAUGCUAGCAAGUCUACUGGUAGUACAACCACGACCUCCGCGACAAAAAAACCUGUCGUGCCGUCCUCGCCGCCACCAAACAUAGUACAACAGAGCGCGAGCACGGCGGUCGUGCCAGACGGCCCGCCGCCCGCACUGCAUCCCCCUCCUGGGGUUCUCGUGCAGCCGCGGGGGCAAACGGUGCAGCACAACAAUCCACCAAAUCACCAAAGGGGCGGCCCGACGCACAACAGUUUAUGCCUUGGACGGUCGUUAGCGUACAGAAGGGUGAAUUUGCAGUGAAUUUGUAUUGCAUGACUUGCAUUUAAGUACUUAAAAGAGAAGGGCGCUAGGUAUUAGACACACGAGCCCAAGCAUCCCGCAUAGCGUGAAGGGCUGCUCGUCGCGUGGUGGCGCUUGCAGGACCGAAAGAAGUGGUCUUGCGGGGGCUCGCUCGCCGGGCUGUGUAGUGCGUAUGUAACCAAAGAAGGUGGAUCGGGUGGCUCUUACUCUUCUGCGCGUCUGCCUGAGAAGUUCCUCUCCGGAAUUGUCGAAAGGGAGGGCGACGCCUGAACACAGGAGCACUAGUAGUACAACGCGUACGCUCUCGCGAGUUGCGGUUUGGAAUUGGAUAUCUGAGAGUAGCCUCGAGUGGAAGGGAAGGCCCGACUCGGCCGCGGACGGUAGCUUGCUUCGCCUGCUGUGCUCUGCUCCCAACUCCCCAGGCGUGUUUUUGCCUCCGGAGCGAGGCCUUUCCGACGUGACCCCAAGGUCAGGAAUUCUCUUGGUGAAUUAGUUUCUCGUGCGUUAGCGAAUUUUGAAUAGGCACCUCGGGCCAAAAUUCACCCACGGUUUUUUCAAAAUUCACCCCAAAACUCACCGGGCCCCCCUUUUCGACCGUGAUAAGCAAACUUUAGCGCAGAAAAGUGCUCAAAAAAGUGCACAGGUAGGCCCUUGGAAGUGGUGCCGGAAGGAAAAGACAGGCGCCCUCGGCUGCCCUCAGCCCGUCUAUAUUCUGCCGAAAAGGCCUAGGCCUGGAGAGUUCACGCGCCUGCCGGAUAGACGCGUCAAAGCUCUCGGCCUGGUCCUUUCGCCCUUGCUCUCGCGCCUUUUUGCGUAGUUGCAUGCGUUUCGCCGCCUUUCUUUUUGGUGCUUUGCCACGGCUGCUGUAGUGCUCUGAUGCAAGCACGGGGAGGCGCAAAAUGGGAACAACGCCCAGGCUAUUUCUAGCUGCCCGCCGCAUGAGCCGCGACUUCAUUCUGGCGCAGCGUGCAGAACCUACUCCCCAGAAGACCAAGAGGGACAACGCAUCUGCAGUCUGCUCUGCAACUUGUCAUGCAAAAUUCACUAAAGAUUCACCGCUACUCAUGCUAGCGGGUGUUGAAGCUCUAAACAACAAUCCACCAAAUCACCAAAGGGGCGGCCCGACGAUUCCCUUCCACCAGAAAGCCCAAAAUCAGACUUUAAUCCCCCUAGUGCCCAGCUGUCCGCCACCAAAGCUGUUUGCCAAUGCGGGCAACGUGCCGCCCGAGUGUUGUACAACUUCUAGUACAACCAGUGCAGCGGUUCUGGAGCCGAAGCAGGUGAGUGUGAACAAUAGCGCCGCUGGAAAUCAUGCAGGAGCUGUUGUACAAGCACCGAGCGGGGGUGGACCUGGUGUUCCUGCUGACCAGGUGCAAAAACUGCAAGAGGAUCAACAUCUUCACAGCCAACCAGGCGGCCUCCCGACACGCGCUGGCGCAAGCAACUCCGCUGUCUCGGCUCAGAAUGCAGCAGCAGAGACAGCAGCAGGAGCUCCACCAGCUAUUGAGCAGGACAUCGCUGCAGCGGGAGCGGUUCCACCUUCUUCCAUCGAG